AUGAUGAUGUUGGACCCACGGAUAGGGUCGCGGGCAAGUCGCCGACGGGUAAGCCUAUCAAAACCAGCCCUUCCCGCAUUCUUAUCGGAACAUGUAGCCCGCGACCCCACGACCAGGCGCAUGUCAUACGACUACGCGCAUCCUUCGCGAUUCCGUGUUUCUUAUUGUUACCCAAGCCAUGCUUCUUCCUUCACACUCUUCCAGACCUUCGCGAUGGCUCUAUCGGUCGCCAGAUUCCCUGCGGUUCGCAUUGCCAGCAGACGAUACCCCGCACUGAGAGGCAAUGCUAUCUCCAGAGCUACCUUCUCAACCACACCGAGAUGGCAGAUCCGUACCAAAGAGAUGACCGAACAGCACUUCAAAGACCUAAAGGUCAAUCAAGCGCGUUUGAUGGAAGACAUUCACUACACUUGUAAAUGGGGAACCGGGGAGCGGUGGGGCGAAGCCCCUACGGAGACUGGAAUGUCUCGUCUUGCCCUCUCUGAUGCAGAUAAGGCUGCAAGAGAUUGGUUUGUGGAGACCACACAAGCUUUGGGCUGCAAGACUACAGUCGAUGAGAUGGGGAACAUAUUUGCAGUUCGACCUGGAUUGAAGAACGACAAGGCACCAACGUAUGCAGGAAGCCACCUGGACACGCAGCCAACAGGUGGGCGCUAUGAUGGUAUCCUGGGUGUGACAGCAGGCGUGGAAAUGCUGAAAGUGCUAGCUGACAACUGGGUUGAGACUGAAUAUCCAGUCGGUGUUGUGAACUGGACGAAUGAAGAAGGCGCACGCUUUCCAAUGUCGAUGGCUUCCUCUGGUGUGUGGGCGGGCUCUAUACGUCUUGAAACCGCACACAACCUCCGUGAAGUACACCCAGGAACCGCAACUCAGAAGUCUGAGCUCGAACGAAUCGGUUACCUUGGUACGACGCCAGCGAGCCAUGAGGCCAUGCCCAUGGCCGCACACUUUGAGCUUCACAUCGAGCAAGGCCCUCUACUUGAGAUGGCUAACAAGAAAAUUGGCGUAGUAACCGGCGUCCAAGCUUACAAGUGGCUCACCGUCAAAGUCAAAGGCCGCGACACCCACACCGGUACCACGGACCUCAAAUCACGCGCUGAUGCGCUCCUCACAGCGUCCAAGAUGAUUUUGCACUCCCACAAACUAGCGACUGCUCAUGGCGCUCUCGCAUCAACAGGUAUCCUCAACCUCAAGCCUGGCUCCACCAACACUGUUCCAGGCGAUGUGACGUUCAGUCUGGAUAUCCGAGCAAAGAAAGACGCCACAGUCGCUGAGCUUAAAGCUCUUGUUGAGCAAGACUUCCCUAAGAUCGCAGCAGGCGAAGAUAUCGACGGUCUGAACCACGGCUGCACUCCAGGCCUGCCCCUCUCCGUCACCAUAACCGAAGACUUCGACUCGCCCGCCACAACGUUCCACUCUGACUGCAUUCAUGCGGUUCGCCAAUCUGCUUCCUCUGUUCUAGGACCCAACAGCCAGAACCUGGUUAUGGAAAUGACAUCUGGUGCAGGACAUGAUAGUGUAUACGCAAGCAAGCGAUGCCCUACGAGUAUGAUAUUCGUGCCAUGUAGAGAGGGCGUUAGCCACAAUCCGAGAGAGUUCUGUGAGGAGGUGGAUUGCGCAUUGGGUGCUCAAGUCUUGUUGGAGAGUGUGGUGAGGUUCGAUCGGAUGAGAGAUGAGAGGAGGGUUACUUGGAAACAGGAACCUUAUACGCUCUGA